AUGACCGCUCAUCGGCCUUUUUUUCGGGGCUUAUCUUCUUCUCCACCUCCGAUAAGGGCAGCUAAAUUGUUUGAUGAGUACGGUGGUUUGGGUGACAGAACGCCGCAAAGGCAAAACAGUUGGAUUAUUCGACGCCAGCCACUCCGACUAGAUUCCAGAAACUGUGGCAAUGCGUAUGGCAGUUGUUCCGAUGCAUACACCACCACUACCAGGACCAACAACAACAACAGCAACAACGACAACAACCGAUGCAUUCACAUUCAUCCCUCUGCCUCUGACCUGUGCCCCGCACGUAGUCAUACUGACGUGGACCGAUGUGAUCGAUCGAUACACACGGUCGCUCUCACCGGACCAACAAAGGCCGUCUCCAUUCUGAUUGGUGGAGCAGCGAAAUCUGGUUUGCCACAAUCAACGAAUCCGAGCGAGUGUACACGAAAUUCGCGUGACUCACCCAGACAUGUCCCGGUCUCGCCAUCACCACGCGCGUUGCAUGGCCUUGGCAUAACGGUCGAUAGACCGUCGAUUUCCAUCGCGAACAGUGCCAACAGUGGUCUACAGUUUGCCAUACACCCAGUGGCCAGCUCGCCAUCGCUCGUUCGUCAUUCUGUGUCCCCCGUCACUGUCGGAGUGAGCGCAACUGGGACCGUCGUGCUCAGUCGUGUUUCGGAUAAUUCGGCUCCCGUGAGACAACAAAUCAAGAACACCCCGUUUGUGAAUGUUGCACGUAUUCAACGACGGAAUAGCACAGCCACAUGUCUUCCUCCUCGACCACGGUUUGAAUUCGAACCGUUAAACAAUAACGUUCGCAAUGGAUCUGCCCUGGUUCGUAUCUCAACCACACAGGGCCGUGGAUUAGUUGUGACCGCUUCAUCUGUGCGUGGACUACAGUUUCACACUCCAUCUCGUGUAAUUCGAUUUGCCUCUCCUCCACCACCGCGAGAGAAUCUGAUUCGUCCGUCCGGUUCGUGUGAUAGUUUGCUCACUGAUCGACUCGAUUCCAAUUCGAUUACUGUCGACCCGGCCGUGACCCAAACACAGGCUGUUCACCACACAGUUCUUCGCACCAACACCACCGGCACUAGUUUUCCCGGGGUUGGUGAAGUUACCUCUUUUGUCACCCGACGUCCAGUAUCGCAUAUUAUUCUACGUGACAGCUCAAUUGCUGCACUAAAUUGUGAUAUGCCAAAUGUACCACCGUCUACCGUCAACGUCGGUGUAGCAAAGGCCAACUGUACCCCACAGACUCGUGCCCCUGUCGCUCGGGGAUCAAUGUCCGGGGAUCGUGUGACCCCGUCCACAGAUGCCUCAGGCAAUGUGGUACGCGUCUCUCCGAUCACGGUAAAUUCCCCAACUGCGCAUAAACCCUUGCCUCCGCAUGGGCGCACAGGCCCCGUGGAACCCAACCACGGACGUCACAAGACUAGCUCAAAACAAAGCCAAUAUUUUCGUGUUCAACUGCCUUGCACUCGGGCGGCCUCGCGAUCCAAAGGAUUUGUGGUCACAGACAGCCUGAAAUUAUAUGAGGAUCAGAUUUUGAACUAUUGCCAAACGGCACAACAACGCCCUCAGUCCUGGUGCAUUGAUUUCGGCGCUUUGAACGAUGAGCUGACUCUGAUCGAUGAUUCGAACUCCGGUUCGCCGGCCUCCACUGUUUCAUCCUCCUAUUCAUCUUCUUCCUCAUCGGACGCUUCACAAAGCCCGUCGUUCUAUUCGAGACCGGGCAUGAAACAACCUCAACAUUCCAAACCGGGUAAGUUCCGAUUUCGGGUGUACGAUUUAGUUAUGGUCUCGUGA